AUGUCGCAUAAUAAUGGCAAUUACAACAAUAGUUAUACGUCAUCCCUUUGUCAAGUUGAUAACAGUCCAGACGACACACCUGGUCAUAGGAGGAGGGACAGUAACGUCUCAGCGAUGUCAAUACAAUUGUAUGAUGUGGUAGGAUCUGGUCAUCAACGACGUGAUAGUAAUGUAUCCAACAUGUCAAUGCAACUAGACACCCCUACUCCCUCGAGCGGAACAGAAUCUGGUAACGAAGAAGAAACAAAUGUAUCACCCCUGGUAGCUCAUCAACGUAUGAGAAGAAUGAGUUUAGAUAUAAGCAUGGAGGCAGGAUAUUUAAACGGUUCGCCUGAAGGAAGAAAUGAGAAACCAUCACCUAUGCAUCGUGCCGUCAGGGCGAGGAGAGCUUCACUUUUGGAGUUUCUUAACAAUUGGGUUAAAAUCAGAGAUAUCCAACCUUCUCCACCACCACAUGCGGCCUCCAAGUUAAAUCCAGAAAUCGAACUUACGCUCCGUCAGGAUACUCCUUCACCCACUUCUGCCGUUGGGCCAUGGCCCAUCACAUCGGACGAUCGAUUUGAGCCAUAUUUCAAUCCAAAAAGGCGGGCCGUGUCCCCGAGCUUGGUUGGGAGUCCUCCGGUCGCUUCGAGUGUCCCAUCGCCACCAACAAACACUAGCUCAUCAUCUUAUUCUUUGGCAACAAUAGGGACGUCGG